UACAAGGGUUUGUUAGCCUAGAUGUUGCAUCAAUCGCUGGUGAAGGUCUGUCCAAACCCUCCCACUCUCUAACGGAAAACACUCUCUUCUCCUCCAUAUAUUCUGUUGGGAUCUGGUUUCUCCUCUUGUCCUGUGUUCCAUCUUGAAAUACUCAAAGCUCUAACACUGCUAAUAUCCUUUAUUCCCUCUCUAUGUAUCUAUUUGUUUAAUUUAAAGCAAAGAAUAGCACACCAACAAGGCAAAAACCCUUUGUUGAAUUAGGGUUUCUACUGUAUAGAUCUUGGUCCAUCCAAUAUCUGAAUAUUAUCAGAUGUGCACCAGAGGCCAUUGGAGGCCAGCUGAGGAUGAGAAGCUCCGGGAAUUGGUGGAAAGGCAUGGACCGCAUAACUGGAACGCCAUAGCUGAAAAGCUCCCUGGAAGAUCAGGGAAGAGCUGUAGGUUGAGAUGGUUCAAUCAGUUAGACCCCAGAAUCAACCGAGCCCCGUUUACCGAAGAGGAAGAAGAACGGCUUCUCGCUUCUCACCGGAUCCAUGGGAACCGAUGGGCUGUUAUUGCCAGGCUUUUCCCCGGCCGGACUGAUAACGCAGUGAAGAAUCACUGGCAUGUGAUCAUGGCACGGAGAUGCAGGGAGAAAUCAAAGUUUUAUGCUAAGAGAGCCGCCCAAUCUUGGAUUAACGAGAGAAAGUCCAUAUCAAAACCAGAUAGGCAGCAGAUGAUCGGCUGCGACACAAGAAACCUCUCUUCCUAUGUCGAGAAUUGCUAUGAAAACAUGAUUCAUUGUACAAAGAUGCUUGAAGAUAGAACUCAACCGGUCGAGUUUUAUGAUUUUCUCAAUGUGAAUACUGACUCUAACAGAAGCGAAGUGAUAGACCAUGCAAGGAGAGAUGAUGAAGAGGUGGAACAGGAAGCCAUGGAUCAUCAGAGCAAGGCUGGUGUUCCAUUCAUAGAUUUUCUAUCAGUUGGAAGCUCUUCUUGAUGAUGAUGAUGACAUCCUCAAAGGAUCACUUACCAUACAAUGAACGUUAAACCUAACUGAUUAGGACCUUACUUUGAAUUCACAAUUACUGCAUUCAAAGAGAGAAUAUAUUUAUGUAAGGAGGUGUAUGUAGCAUGGGGUUAUAUACUCAGAUCAUUAGAAGAAGAUGAAGAAGAAGAUAUUGAAGAGGAACAAGAAGAAAGAAGAAAGAAUUGUAAACAAAAUGAUCAGGUAUGAUAAUGAAAAUCACAGAAGUGCAGGAUUUUGUAGAAAUUCAAGCAUUUCCAUA